UUUUUUAUAAAAUUUAAUACAAUUGUUUCUACAACACCCAGAUUAACUUAUGUAAAAGUUUUAAAAGGAAUAGGCACUAUGUGAGUAUAGCGUGUAAUGAAAUGUGUUGAUAUCGUGGCAAGAAAUGUCACUUUGACAUUGACAAUUAAAAAAAGUAAGAGUGAAGACUUGUCGAUAGUAAACUGAGAUUUUCUAGAUUUUGUGAAAAAUUAAGAGAAAAUGUCCACCGUGGAGGAGUUACAGAAGAAAGUGAAGGAGCUGGAAGCCCAACUUGCUUCUCUACAGGGAAAUGUGGGCCCAGCACGCCAAAAAAUCGACGUCAUGUCGUCCGAAGUUGUGGAUUCUAAUCCAUACAGUCGUCUGAUGGCUCUGAAGCGGAUGGGCAUUGUUGACAACUAUGAGAAGAUCCGUGAAAUGUCAGUAGCUGUGGUGGGGGUCGGAGGUGUUGGCAGUGUUACUGCUGAAAUGCUUACCAGAUGUGGGAUCGGAAAGUUGAUUCUGUUUGACUAUGACAAAGUGGAGUUGGCGAACAUGAACAGGCUGUUCUUCCAGCCGCACCAGGCUGGUCUCAGCAAGGUGGAUGCUGCGGCCUCUACCCUGCAGAACAUCAACCCCGAUGUUGCCAUUGAUGCUUACAACUACAAUAUCACCACAGUUGACAACUUCCAGAAGUUCUGUGAUACUAUUAAAACUGGAAGUUUGACAGGGGGCCCAGUAGAUCUAGUGUUGAGCUGUGUAGACAACUUUGAGGCUCGCAUGGCUAUCAACACAGCCUGCAAUGAACUCAACCAAAAGUGGUUUGAAUCUGGAGUCAGUGAGAAUGCUGUGUCUGGACACAUACAGUUCAUUGUGCCAGGCCAGACUGCUUGUUUUGCUUGUGCGCCGCCUUUAGUAGUUGCAUCGAAAAUUGAUGAGAAAACAUUGAAGAGGGAGGGAGUGUGUGCUGCCAGUCUGCCAACAACUAUGGGUAUUGUGGCAGGAUUCCUAGUUCAAAACACAUUGAAAUAUUUGCUAGAGUUUGGCACAGUCAGCCAUUAUCUGGGAUACAGUGCUCUAACAGAUUUCUUCCCCACAAUGGCUUUAAAGCCGAAUCUUCAAUGCGAUGACAUGUACUGCCGCCUGCGUCAGGAGGAGUAUAGGUUGAGGCCUGUUGUGGAGCUUGCCACUGAGGUGACUGAGGACCCAGCACCAGUGCAUGCUGAUAAUGAAUGGGGAAUCAGUUUAGUUGAUGAAAACACACCUGAGGAUGAUGACUGCUCACAUCUCAAGUUAGUCGAUGGGGUUCAGGUGGCCUACAGUGUUCCCGUAGACAAUAGCACUCCAGAAUCGAGUACUGGGGGUGCUGUUGCAGCCUCCGAGCUCUCUCUCGAAGAACUGAUGCAGCAGAUGAAGUCUAUGUAAACUUGACCAGCGCCAACCAUGUACACAGACGGGUCAGAACACUCCAUAUCAUUUAAAGAAAUUUUGUGGUUGUAUACAAGCAUUUAUUUGGUUGUAUGAGGCAAGCACAUUGCUAACAAUUAUCUAAAGUUCUUGGAUAAUAUUAAAAUGUGCUUUAUAUUUUACUUAAUGUAUAGUUUUACUUAAUCGGCCAUAACAAAUUAGGGUGACAAUGCUCAAAGGGAAAUUCUUAUUAUGUUUAUAUGACAGUAAAUGUAAUAAUGAUAAAUUAUAGAUGUUAUAAAA